UCAUUGAAAAGUUAUCGUACAGUUCGGACGUCACUUUUGUUUCGACGCAAAACAAACGACAAAAAAAACUUUGAUUGCAAAUAGUGAAAAAAUUUAUUUUUCAUUGUGAACAAAAAGCAAAAUGGCUCGUACUAAGCAAACAGCUCGUAAAUCAACUGGAGGCAAGGCUCCACGCAAACAAUUGGCCACUAAGGCGGCACGCAAGUCUGCCCCCUCCACUGGCGGUGUGAAGAAACCUCAUCGCUAUCGCCCUGGUACCGUGGCACUGAGAGAAAUUCGUCGCUACCAAAAGUCUACUGAAUUGCUUAUCCGCAAGCUGCCGUUCCAGCGUUUGGUGCGUGAAAUCGCUCAGGAUUUCAAGACCGAUUUGCGUUUCCAGUCUGCCGCCAUUGGCGCAUUGCAGGAAGCAUCUGAGGCCUAUUUGGUGGGUCUUUUCGAGGAUACAAAUUUGUGCGCCAUCCAUGCUAAGCGUGUCACCAUCAUGCCCAAGGAUAUUCAGUUGGCCAGACGUAUCCGUGGUGAACGCGCCUAAACAACGUCGUGUCCGCCAUCUUUAAUUAGCAAAGCAGCAGACAGCCCAACAACAACAGCGGCAGCGACAAC